UGUGGACAGGUGGAUUCUUCAAACCAAACUAACAUUUAUGGCACCUGCAGUGUGGACAGCGAUCCACGCUACACCACUUUCGACGGAGUUAACUUCCGCUUUGUGGGGCCUUGCACCUACGUCCUGGCGAAGGUCUGUGACAACUCUGAAUUGCUUCCUACCUUCGUCGUGGAGGCACAAAACGAAAAGAGGGGAGACUCUUCUAUUUCCUCCAUCCAGCGAGUGAAUGUCAACAUACAAGGGUUAAGAGUGUCCAUGUUGAAGCGAGACCGUCACAGAGUUAUGGUCAAUGGAAUCUGGAAGUCUCUACCAGUUAGUCUCAGCAGAGACGCAAUCACAAUCGUCAGGAACAGAUCUCUUGUUCUUUUGGAAACAAAUUUUGGGUUGAUGGUGUCCUACUCGAGAAGAGGCGCCGUAAAAGUCACUGUGCCCGACGUGUACUCCAACAAACUUUGCGGCAUGUGUGGCAACUUCAAUCACAUCCCAGACGAUGAUUACGCAAGACCGAAUGGGUCGCAAAGUGAAGAUGCCCAGGUUCUGGGACUGAGCUGGACAAGCCCCGAUGCUCCAUGUGACGCUCCUGUAUUGCCAAGGGAGUGCCCAGCAGAAGAGGAACUGGAGUAUGCCAGCGAGGUCCAUUGUGGUGUCUUGCUUUCUCAAGAUGGGCCGUUUGCAGCCUGCUUAAAUGAACUGAGCACUGAGAAAUUCCACAGAAACUGCGUGUAUGAUAUGUGUGCCUCACACGGGGAUCAAGAAAUACUCUGCGAUUCUCUGCAAAUAUUUGCUGAAACUUGUCAAAAGGCUGGGAUCAUCCUGCCAGCUUGGAGAAAUUCCUCUUUGUGUCCUCUGGUUUGUGGUGAAAACAGCCAUUAUAACGCAUGUGCCAGUGGUUGCCCAGAAUCCUGCUCUGCCCUGGAUGCCCCGGAGGUCUGUGGAACCUGCGAGGAGAGAUGUGAGUGCGAUGACGGUUUCAUGCUCAGUGCAGGAAGGUGCGUACCUGCAGAGGAUUGCGGCUGCUGGGUGGAUGGGCAGCACUAUGAGAGGGGGAUGACGUUUAUGGACACACGUUGCGAGAGGACGUGUGAGUGUGCCGGCAUGGGGAACGUCCUGUGCUCUGCGACAUCCUGCACCGCCAACGAAAUCUGCACGGUCCGCGACGGUGUCAGGGGCUGUUUCCCUUCAGAUCCCGUCACCUGCCACGUCUACGGGGAUCCCCAUUACGUUACCUUCGACGGAAAGGCCUACUCCUUCCGGGGCACCUGUAACUACACCAUAGCAAAGACCUGCGGCCCCAGCCAAGUCCAGUUCUCAAUCACUGCUCGAAACGAGGGGCGGGACCACACCUCCUCGUCCUUCCUGAACUCCGUCGCUCUGGAGGUUCAAGGUUUUCACAUCGCUAUUCGGAGGAGCAAGAUGGUCUAUGUGAAUGGAGAUUUGGUGAACCUUCCCGUGACUCUGAACACCUCGGUCACAGUGUUCCAGAAGAAUCCAUAUGUUCAGGUGGACACAAUGUUUGGACUCAGAGUCCUGUUCGAUGGAGACAGCAACCUCUUUGUGCAAGUGGACGAAAGGUACCGAGGUGAAACCUGCGGACUGUGCGGCACGUACUCGGACAGCCAGUUCGACGACUUUGUGACCCCGGAUGGCGAUACGAUCGCCGACAAAUACCUGUUUGCCAGUAGUUGGAACGCUAACGAUGAGGAAUGGAGCUGUUCCAACGGCUCCCCCACCGACCCCGAGUGUUCUCCUGAGGUCCUGAACGAGGCCAGAGUGGAAUGCAGCAGUCUCUACGGAGAUGUGUUUUCUGCCUGCCACUUUUUCGUGCCACCUCAGAUUUACGUAGACAGCUGCGUGUCUGAUCACUGCGCCACAGAGGGUGACCUGGUCCAGCUCUGCACCUCUUUAGAGGCCUAUGAGGCCGCAUGCCAGAUGGCAGAGGUUGACCUGGGCGACUGGAAGAACAGCACAGUCUGUGCGAGGCUACCACCAACCGACCCACCUACUACUCCACCUCCCCCAGCAAGUUGCCCACUGAACUGUAACUUUGAUCGUGAUGAGUGUGGCUGGGAGCAGCUGGUCCAGGACAGUUUUGAUUGGACGAGAUGGUCUGGCUCAACCCCCACUGACCAUUCUGGGCCAACCGGUGACCAUACAACUGGAAGUGGCCACUAUAUGUACACUGAAGGUGAUGGCGUGUACCAUGGAGACUCCGCUCGUAUGAUUAGCCCUCUGUGUCAGGCGCCUGGCACCCACUGUCUGAGCUUUUGGUAUCACAUGUUCGGACAGGCAACUGCGAUGAAACUCAGUGUUUACCUGAUAGAGCAUGAGACAUACACCAAGAUCUGGACCAAAUCCGACAACCAAGGUGACCUUUGGCACAAAGCCGAGGUCCAGGUCACCGCUGAGGGUCCGUUCCAGGUUGUUUUUGAAGGACGCAGAGGAACCAGCGAGUUCUCCGAUGUGGCCAUUGAUGACAUCUCUCUCCAUCGUGGCCUCUGUUCAGAUUUACUGCCUCCUGUAGUCCACACUACAGCUCAACAACCUGAUCUGAUCUCCACUCUGCCACCAGAAGAAACUGUUUCUCAGGAUGCUGGUCUGAACUCAACAUCCUCCUCAUUCGUUCGACAGUCGAGGAGGCCGCAUCCAGUGUGCAGCAUUGCAUGCGAUUUCGAAAAUGACAUCUGCUCAUGGAACCAGUUGCUGACGGACGUUUUUGAUUGGACAAGACAGCAAGGCUCCACCCCUACGCCAUUGACUGGACCUUCGACCGACCACACAUCAGGAAGUGGCCACUACCUGUAUAUCGAGGGAAACGAAGCAACUAAUGGAGACACCGCCCGACUCCUGAGCUCAGAGUGUCCCGAUCCGGUUCCUCAGUGCCUGGAGUUCUGGUACCACAUGUACGGCUCUGCUGACACUAUGGGACUGACUGUGUACCUGUUGCAGGGAAGCUUGGCACAGUCAGUGUGGUCUAUGAGGAAUAAUCAGGGAGACCUUUGGCACAGGGCAUUGGUAGACCUGAGGCCUGAAGAGAACUUUCGGAUUAUCUUUGAGGGACGAAGAGGCACCGACGACCGCUCUGAUGUUGCAGUCGAUGAUAUUUCCCUUUACCGUGGAACUUGCGCAGGUAAGUUUCCACCCAGUUACAAAUAUCACACAACAUUGCACUCCCAGGUCCAACAACAGUCAGACCUCCACAGACAACAGUCAGACCUUACACACCUGCUCCAACAACAGACAGACCUCCACAGACUACAGUCAGACCUGAAACACCUGCUCCAACUACAGUCAGACCUCUACAGACCACAGUCGGACCUGAAACUCCUGCUCCAACUACAGUCAGACCUCCACAGAGCACAGUCGGACCUGAAACACCUGCUCCAACUACAGUCAGACCUCCACAGACUACAGUUGGACCAGACAGACCAGCUCCAACUACAGUCAGACCUCCACAGACUACAGCUGGACCUGAAACACCAGCUCCAACUACAGUUAGACCAACAACUCAACGCCCAACGAGGCUACCACCAACCAACACACCUACUACUCUACCUCCCCAAGCAAGUGAGUGUCUACACAUACAUUGAGUUUGGUGGCCACUAUAUGUACACUGAAGGUGAUGGCGUGUACCAUGGAGACUCCGCUCGUAUGAUUAGCCCUCCGUGUCAGGCACCUGGCACCCACUGUCUGAGCUUUUGGUAUCACAUGUUUGGACAGGCAGUCGACAUGAAACUCAGCGUUUACCAGGUGGAACACAACACAUACACCAAGAUCUGGACCAAAUCCAACAACCAGGGCGACCUCUGGCACAAAGUCGAGGUCCAAAUCACUGCUGAGGGUCCGUUCCAGAUUUCAGUGGAAGGCAUCAGAGGCUCCAGUGCUCUGUCAGACAUGGCUUGGGAUGACGUUGCAAUAACAUUCGGGGAAUGUAAAGGUUCAUCAAUCCCAGACCCAGGCCCCACCGAUCCUCACCCAGUUUGCAACCUUGGCUGCAGCUUUGAUCAUCACCUCUGUGCCUGGAGUCAGAUGAUGACUGACAGUUUUGAUUGGACGUGGCAGAAUGGCUCCACCCCCACUCUUAUGACAGGGCCCUCCUACGACCACACCAGUGGAAGUGGUGGUUACUUGUACAUUGAAGCCGACGGGAGAUAUAAUGGAGACACAGCUCGUCUCGUGAGCUCAGAGUGUCCCGAUCCGGUUCCUCAGUGCCUGGAGUUCUGGUACCACAUGUACGGCACUGCUGACACCAUGGGACUGACUGUGUACCUGCUGCAGGGAAGCUUGGCACAGUCAGUGUGGUCUAUGAGGAAUAAUCAGGGAGACCUUUGGCACAGGGCAUUGGUAGACCUGAGGCCUGAAGAGAACUUCCAGAUUAUCUUUGAGGGCCGAAGAGGCACCGACGACCGCUCUGAUGUUGCAGUCGAUGAUAUUUCCCUUUACCGUGGAACUUGCGCAGACAUCCCACCCCCAGGUCCAGCAACAACAACUACAGUCAGACCUCCACAGACUACAGUCAGACCGGGGACACCUGCUCCAACUACAGUCAGACCUCCACAGACUACAGUCGCACCUGAAACUCCUGCUCCAACUACAGUCAGACCUGAAACACCAGCUCCAACUACAGUCAGACCUCCACAGACUACAGUCAGACCGGAGACACCUGCUCCAACUACAGUCAGACCUCCACAAACUACAGUCGCACCUGAAACUCCUGCUCCAACUACAGUCAGACCUCCACAAACUACAGUCAGACCAGAGACACCUGCUCCAACUACAGUCAGACCUCCACAGAGUACAGUUGCACCUGAAACACCAGCUUCAACUACAGUCAGACCUCCACAGACUACAGUCAGACCUGAAACACCAGCUCCAACUACAGUCAGACCUCCACAGACUACAGUCAGACCGGAGACACCUGCUCCAACUACAGUCAGACCUCCACAGACCACAGUCGCACCUGAAACACCUGCUCCAACUACAGUCAGCCCUCCACAGACUACAGUCGGACCUGAGACACCUGCUCCAACUACAGUCAAACCUCCACAGACCACAGUCGCACCUGAAACACCAGCUCCAACUACAGUUAGACCUCCACAGACUACAGUCAGACCUGAAACACCAGCUCCAACUACAGUUAGACCUCCACAGACUACAGUCAGACCUGAAACACCAGCUCCAACUACAGUCAGACCUCCACAGACUACAGUCAGACCUGAGACACCUGCUCCAACUACAGUCAAACCUCCACAGACCACAGUCGCACCUGAAACACCAGCUCCAACUACAGUUAGACCUCCACAGACUACAGUCAGACCGGAGACACCUGCUCCAACUACAGUCAGACCUCCACAGACCACAGCUGCACCUGAAACACCAGCUCCAACUACAGUUAGACCUCCACAGACUACAGUCAGACCGGAGACACCUGCUCCAACUACAGUCAGACCUCCACAGACCACAGCUGCACCUGAAACACCUGCUCCAACUACAGUCAGACCUCCACAGACCACAGUCAGACCUGAGACAUCUGCUCCAACCACAGUUAGACCUCCACAGACCACAGUUGCACCUGAAACACCUGCUCCAACUACAGUUAGACCUCCACAGACCACAGUCAGACCUGAAACACCAGCUCCAACUACAGUUAGACCUCCACAGACUACAGUCAGACCUGAGACAUCUGCUCCAACUACAGUCAGACCUCCACAGACUACAGUCAGACCUGAAACACCACGCCCAACACCUUCCUGCCCAAGAAACAGCCAUUACACCGACUGUAUGCCUGCCUGCCAGCCCACCUGCAAACACCUGCACGGACAACCCGACUGCAACGCAGACGAGCCAUGCGUGCAGGGCUGUGUUUGUGACGACGGAUUCAUACUUAAAAAACGCACGUGCGUUCCCAUCCGAGAGUGUGGUUGCCAGGACGACCAAGGCAACAAAUAUUACUUUGACCAGGUGUGGUAUGAAGAUCACUGCUCUCGUCGCUGUGAGUGUGAGGAAGAAGAUGGUCGUGGAGAAAUUGAGUGUGAUGAAGAAUAUGAGUGUGACGACGAUGAUGUCUGUCUUAUGGACGAGGAUGGACAAUUCAGCUGUGUGUCCACAGAUUUCAGCGAGUGCUCUGUUGACGAUGAUUCAGAGUACAGAACCUUUGAUGACAUGAAACACGAGUUUGAGGGCGAGCACUCCUACGUCCUGGUCCAAACCACUCGUCUGCCACAGAACCUUCCAGAUGUCUAUGUGGUGGGCAUCAACAAGGUCGUGAGCGAUCAGGACAGCGACAAAGACCACGAUGAUGAUGAUGAUGAUGACAAUAGCAGCAGUCGAAGCGAUGAAGACAGUGAUGAAGAUGACGAUAGUGAAGAACAUGGUAGCCGCGGUCGCUUGCGUGAGAUGAAAAUCAGAGUCUAUAACCACACGGUGGUGUUCAAGAAGAACAGGAAAGUUGUGGUUGACGGUGCACAGGUUCGACUCCCCGUUUCACCAUCCGCGGGGUUGAAAAUUAGGGAACACUCCUCAAGGCUCUACUUGACGACUGACUUUGGGCUUACGGUGGAGUUCAACGGCAAAGGCAAAGCAGAGAUUGUGCUGCCUCACACGUACAAGAAGAAAGUCGGGGGUCUGUGCGGAAACUUUGAUGGCAAGAAAAAGAACGACAUGAUGAAGCCGGACGGAGAACAAGCCAAGAGCGAGAAAGAGUUUGGAGAGAGCUGGAGGGUUACGGAGGAGCGUUUGUUUAUCAGACGGAAACGCUCCACUCUCCUGCGGACCAUCACCCGUGCCUAA